GUGAGGAAUCAAACAAGAAAAACGCUCAAAUAAAAUACCAAACCAACAAGAACAAGAACAACUCUCUCUCUCUCUCUCUCUCCUGAAUAGUUUGUGUUUCGAUGGAGAGGGAGAAUAUUAAUAUUAGUAGAGAUGUUGAUGGGGGGAAGAAGGGCGGUGAUGGGGGUUUGGAAGGAUUUGCAGUCGUCUCUUCCACAAGGAUUGACUGGAAACCCAGAAGGAGAUCACUAAUAUCAUCAGCUCGCGGGAGGAAUAUAGACAAGGUAACAGGAGACACUGCUAAUAAUAGUCCCGACAAACAGGAAGUGCCCAUCACUGAAGAGGAGAUGCAGGACGUAACUGCUGCUCCUGAGCUCUCUGAACGUCGAAAGGCCCUUUUUGAACCCUUGGAACCUAUAACAAAUAUCAAUGGGAAGCGACCCUCAGCUGAAUCCUUACUUCCUCCGCCAGACUUUGAUGCCGCAACCUAUCCUAAAGGGUGGUUGAUUGGGAAAAAGAGGAAGCUAGUCAAUGUCGAUGUUGUUGAAAAGAUGCGGAGGAUUGCCGUUCAAGAAAUGAACAGAAAGGAUAGGGAGAUUGACGGGCUAAAUGAGCAGUUGGAAGAGGACGCCAGAUGCCUAGAGCACCUGCAACUCCAACUCCUCCAAGAGCGAAGCAAGCGUUCGGACGUGGAGAGAGAGAACGCGAUGCUGCAAGACCAGGUUACCAUGCUCAUGAACAUGUUGCAAGACGACACCGUGGGCGAUGAAGGCCCCGACGAGCCAUAGAUGUUGUUUGUUAUUUGUCAUUUGUUUGUUUAUUCUUUUUGUACAUUUGGUUGGAGAAAGUAGACACAUACAAAGAUACAUUAGUGCAGGUGUUGAUGCCCUCUGCACAUGCUUGUUACUAAAUUGUGAAGAGUCUUGCAGAAGUCAUAUAUCAAAGUAUAUGUCCAAGCUGUAUUUAUCUUGGAUAGUUUGUUUGUCAAA